AUAUAUUGGGCGACAAUAUAAUGACAACUCAGGAUAACAACUUACCAUCAGCAAACAUGCACGUGGUCGAACAAAUCAGCAAUGUCCAAGCGUUGAUGCACCUAUUAAAAGCCUAUGUGGGCACCGGCAUACUGGCAAUGCCCAAGGCUUUCAGCUAUUCGGGAAUCGUGUUGGGAGCUAUCGGCACACCAAUCAUAGGCGUGUUGUGCAACAGUUGUAUUCAUAUGCUUAUAGACAUAAACAAACAUUUGGGAAACAAAUUGAAAUGCGAACCAUUGGAAUACGAAGAUAUUGUAGAACAGACCAUGCUGAACGGACCUAAACCGUUCGUAAAAUGGGCAAGAUUCUGCAAAUGCCUGAUGAUCACAUUUUUGGUAUUGACACAGAUGGGCUUUUGUUGCAGUUAUUGUCUAUUCAUAGCCGAGAAUAUGAGACAGUUCCUUAUUUUUAUGGGCCAACACUUUAACUCUCUGCCCAACGCAUCUAUGUCAGUGCAAUGGUACUUAUUAAUCCUAUGGCCAAUAUUGAUCCUGAUCAAUUUCAACAAAAGCAUACGUGCGCUGACCAUAGCGUCUGCCUGUGCUAAUGUCGUACAGUUGGCCUCAUUUGGUAUAAUUGUAUACAAUUUGGUGCAAAAUAUUAAGCCAUUGAAAUCCAAUGAAGUACUUAUUGGUAAUGAAUUUCCGCUAUUUUUCAGUACAGCUGUCUAUACGUUUGAGGGCAUUACUGUCACAAUGCCAUUAUACCGGGCCGUACGAAACAAAUACAACUUCUCCAAAGCGACCGGGGUAGUGAAUGUGGCGCUCAUAAUAGUAGUCAUACUGUAUCUGGGAAUUGGUUUGCUCGGGUACUUGAAAUAUGGGGCCGACGUGGGAGAUGUGCUAACCCUGUCGCUGCCCAACGAGCCCCUGUAUAACAGCGUACUGGUCAUGUACUCACUGGUCAUAUGCGUCUCAUACCCGGUCCAGAUGUACGUCACACUACAGCUGCUGUGCCCGCGCGUCGAGUACUAUCUCCACGAGCUUAAUAUGAACACGUGUUUAGUCACAUUUUUUGAUUACCUACUUCGGGCGGUUAUGGUCACAAUUACCUUUGCUUUUGCUGCUUUUAUACCAAAUUUAAGCUUAAUCAUCUCGCUUGUUGGCGCUGUUUCAUGCAGCGGAGUUGGCAUUAUUUUUCCACCAAUGCUACACACAAUAUCAUUCUGGGAGCGAGAUAUAGAUCGUCGGGCCAAAGCUAUGAUCUACAUAAGGAAUCUCAUUGUGUUUAUCAUUGGCGUACUUGGAUUCGCAACAGGCACCUAUUUCUCGAUUAAAGACAUUGUUGACAUCACCAUGACCGAACAAAUUAAUAGCCUGCAAGCUUUAAUGCAGUUGGUUAAGGCGUGUGUGGCCACCGGUAUAUUGACUAUGCCCCGGGCAUUCAGUUACUCGGGUAUUGUGUUGGGUAUUAUCGGUACCGCUAUUAUUGCCAUAUUAUGUAACAGUUGUAUACAUAUGUUAAUUGAUUUAAAUAAUUAUUUGUGUAAAACCUUAAGUUGUGAGCCUAUGGACUAUGAAGAGGUAGCUGAAAAAUCAAUAGCGAAUGGCGCACAUAAAUUGCGAAAAUACUCAAAAUUUACCCGCAACAUGGUCAUUGUAUUCCUGAUCAUUACCCAAAUGGGCUGUUGCUGUAGUUAUUAUCUAUUUAUCGCUGAAAACAUACGUCAGUUUUUAAUAAACUCAACCACAUUGCCCAAUGUGUCAAUGAGCAUUGAAUACUACCUGGCCAUUCUAUUGCCAUUUAUGAUCCUGAUCAAUUUCAUCAAAAGUAUCCGCCUGUUGACCAUAGCAUCAGGGUGCGCCAACAUUAUACAACUGGUCUCAUUUAUCAUAAUCGUUUACAAUCUGGUCCAAGAUGUGGGACCCGUAUCGGAGCGCCGGUCGUUUGGCACUGAUAUACCGUUAUUUUUCAGUAUAACUGUAUACACAUUUGAAGGCAUCACAUCUUCAAUGCCACUGUACAGGGCCAUAAGAAACAAGCGCAAUUUUUCCAAACUAUUCGGUGUGGUCAACAUCGCUAUCGCAAUUGCUAUUUCCCUGUAUAUAAUGAUAGGACUGUUGGGUUACCUGAAAUACGGAGAUGAUGUGCAAAGUGUGAUCACACUGUCCCUACCGAGUGAGCCCCUGUACGACAGUGUGCUGUUGAUGUACUCACUGGCGGUCACCGUCUCAUAUCCGGUGCAAAUGUAUGUCGCGAUACAACAACUCUGGCCCCGACUCGAGCGCCGACUAACCGAUCGCAAAAUGAGUGACACUUUUGUCAAUAUUUCUAACUAUGUUUUGCGUACACUUUUGGUGUGCAUAACGUUUGGCCUAGCUGCGUUUAUACCCAGGUUGGAUUUAAUCAUAGCAUUGGUUGGCGCAGUAUCAAGCAGUUUCAUCGCGAUUAUAAUACCCCCAAUAAGCGCCAGAAAUAUU